AUGGAGGAAUCAUUUGAAAAUGCUAGCACUCUUGGAUACUUCAACUCAGCCCAAGCUAUAGCAGAUUAUGCAGAGAUCCUCGUACAUGUAAAGAAGGAACUACAUGCUAAACAUAGUCUGGUGAUUGUUAUUGGUGGAAAAGUAAAAAUAAAAACAUUUGGAGCUAGCAUUACUGAUCCGGAGUGGUUGGUCAAUCAGCGCAAAAUUGAGGUGAGAAUUAUUAAAGGAUGGAUUGACAAGUACUCCGUGGAUCUUCAGGCAUUAAAACAUGAAAAACCACUCCAAAACUAA